UGCCACCAUUUUGAAUUAGUGGCCUACAGACUACAAAGUUGACUGCAUGAUAAGCCAGUACUACUGGGCCGGGACUGCAUGCUAUAUAUAAAUAUGCGCGCGCGUGUACAUGUACCGUUACUACUACUGUCGACUGUCACAGAGCUUUGCAACUUGAUCGGUCUUCUGGUUUUCCAUUUACAUCUCUUAAAUAUCACAGAUUCGAUCUCUAAUGGCUCAGAUUUUGCAGAAGGUGGUUUUGAAAAUCAUGACUAUGGAUGAUGAGAAGACAAAACAGAAAGCUAUAGAGGCUGUAGCCGAUGUUUACGGAGUUGAUUCAAUUGCAGUUGAUCUAAAGGAGCAGAAGCUGACCGUCAUAGGAGAAAUGGACACAAUUGCGAUGGCGAAAAAGCUGAUCAAGAAGAUAGGAAAAAUAGACAUUGUAUCGGUUGUACCUGCCAAAGAAGAGAAGAAAUUAGCUGCGGAUCAGAAGAAAGAAGAAAAGAAA